AUGCCGAAUGCGCAAGAGACCUUUAGGAACGCGGGAUGGACAAUUCGGACAGUGACUGGUCCCAUUAUGGGUGAUAAAGAUAUGGACGAAUACCGGCGGAUAUUGUCGGCCAUGGUGCUGCCGGAGAUGGUCUUCGCCCAGAACCGUGUUGAACUUGUCCAUGAAGCAAGCGGAACGGUCAUAUCCUUCAACGCUCUGGAUGCACUCAAGGGGUGGAAGCAUGAGGACUUGCCGCCUCUUCAAGUCCGUGUGGCAGAGGCAAGUAUGCUGGCGCCAGCUGGCCGCCACCCACACUUCUGCCACACACUUUCGGGAAGAUCGCCCGCCACCGGGGAAUGCCGCCAACAAGAAUGGCGCAAGGCCCUUACACAAUCGGGGGCCUGUUAUCAGGAAACGGCCCUCUCGCCAGCAGUACCAGCCGACCCCGCUGGCGUGCGGGGCAUCCCGGACUUCGUCUGCGGAGCCGCCAGUACUGUAGCCCGGGGUAAAGACCCUGCACCUGCAACAACUCCUAGUGCUGCAGCUGUACCGUCCGUCGCAGAUGCCUCCUAUUCCACUGCUACAGCUCCGGAUGUGUCGGGCAAUGGGGCAGACAGCGUCGCUGACAGCGCGGGUGGCGUAGGCGUCUGCGUCCUAUGGCAAACCACUACGGACCAAAUCGACCGGGGCUUGCUCAUGGACCGAGAUCCUAUCCUGUUCUACGGCGAGGUGCCGCUGUACGAGUCCGACCUGGACGACAACGGCGUGUGCUCCCUGACGGUGAAGCUGCGUGUGAUGCCCCGCUGCUGGCUGGUGUUGCUGCGGCUGUGGGUGCGUGUGGAUGGAUCCAUGGUCCGGCUGAGGGAGACACGGCUGUUCUGCAGACAUGACAAGCCGGAGAAGCGGCUCGAAGUGCUGCAGCGGCUAGCCGGACAGCGGCAUGCGGACAUGGAUCGUGAUGGCCGGCCGCACACCCGGCACUAUCACUAUUAUCACCAUGUUUUUCCAAUAACGCCAAAGUCCGCCUCCUCUCCACCAACUCAUACCAAGCAGGAAGUCAAGCACUGCGAGGGUAGCUUUGCUGAGUUGCGCUCCAGAGGAGCCCCGGACGAAGGGCCGUCGUACGCCGAUGCGGACUCCGCGUCACAGGUGCUUCAGGCGGUGGCGCCCGUGGGGCUGAAACUGCUGCAGACUCGCAAACUGCAGCUCUAG